CUCAUAGACUUCAGUUCCCAGCAUGGACAAGACUCCAAGCAGAACUGCACUCUGGGAUUUGGAGUCCUUAUUCCUCGCCUUCUCCGUCUUUAACAGAGUCCAAGGGACCCUGCAGGAGAAUCUAAACGCAAAGCAUCACCCAAGGUCGUGAAAUGUAGGCUCCCUUCGCAUCCGGGGCCUUGUGCCGUCUUUCGCGGGGUGGGGAAUGGUGUCGCCUAGCAGCCGCCGCCGCUCUUGCUUGCACAGGACCUGUUGGCGGGAUCGAGUCCGGGUGGAACCGCGCUGGGGAUCGGUCAGGCGUGGCGGCGGGGCCAACCUUGGUCCGUGCGGCGGAUCAGGGAUCUCUGCUGGUUGCCAGGCUCGGUUAGUUCCUGCUUCACCGAAUCAGGGUUCAUUUCCAGCCUUCCAAGUACCUCCGCGUUUGGCACCAUUAGAUGUUCGCGCGCCUCGGUGAAAGUAAAGCACAGUGAAAGAUUUCAAGAUGCCACCUAAUAUAAACUGGAAAGAAAUAAUAAAAGUUGAUCCAGAUGACCUGCCUCGUCAAGAAGAAUUGGCAGAUAAUUUAUUGAUUUCCUUAUCCAAGGUGGAAAUAAGUGAGCUAAAAACUGAAAGUCAAGAAAAUAUGAUACACCUUUUCAGAAUUACUCAAUCACUAAUGAAGAUGAAAGCUCAAGAAGUAGAGCUAGCUUUGGAGGAAGUUGAAAAAGCUGGAGAAGAACAAGCAAAAUUUGAAAAUCAAUUAAAAACUAAAGUAAUGAAACUGGAAAAUGAACUGGAGAUGGCCCAGCAGUCUGCAGGUGGACGUGACACUCGGUUUUUACGUGAUGAAAUUCGCCAACUUGAAAAACAGUUGGAACAAAAAGAUAGAGAAUUGGAGGACAUGGAAAAGGAGUUGGAGAAAGAGAAGAAGGUUAAUGAACAAUUGGCUCUUCGAAAUGAGGAAGCAGAAAAUGAAAACAGCAAAUUAAGAAGAGAGAACGAGCAGCUUCGUCAGGAUAUUAUUGACUAUCAGAAACAAAUAGAUUCACAAAAAGAAACACUUUUAUCACGAAGAGGAGAAGACAGUGACUACCGAUCACAAUUGUCUAAAAAAAACUAUGAACUUGUCCAAUAUCUGGAUGAAAUUCAGACUUUAACAGAAGCUAAUGAAAAAAUUGAAGUUCAGAAUCAAGAAAUGAGAAAAAAUCUAGAAGAGUCUGUACAGGAGAUGGAAAAGAUGACUGAUGAGUAUAACAGGAUGAAAGCUCUUGUCCAUCAAACAGAUAACAUAAUGGACCAAUUAAAAAAAGAAAAUGAUCAUUACCGGCUUCAAGUGCAGGAGCUUACAGAUCUUCUGAAAGCAAAAAAUGAAGAAGAUGAUCCAGUCAUGGCUGCUGUCAGUGCAAAAGUAGAAGAAUGGAAGUUAAUUUUGUCUUCUAAAGAUGAUGAAAUUAUUGAAUAUCAGCAAAUGUUACAUAACCUGAGGGAGAAAUUGAAAAAUGCCCAGCUUGAUGCUGAUAAAAGUAACGUUAUGGCUCUACAACAGGGUAUACAAGAACGAGAUAGUCAAAUUAAGAUGCUCACUGAGCAAGUAGAACAAUAUACAAAAGAAAUGGAAAAAAAUACUUUCAUUAUUGAAGAUUUGAAAAAUGAGCUUCAAAGAAACAAAGGUGCUUCAACUCUUUCCCAGCAGACUCAUUAUAUGAAAAUUCAGUCUAAGGUUCAAAUGUUAGAAGAGAAAACUAAAGAGGCUGAGAGAACAGCUGAACUGGCUGAGGCUGAUGCUAGGGAAAAGGAUAAAGAACUAGUUGAGACUCUAAAGCGAUUAAAAGAUUAUGAAUCGGGAAUAUAUGGUUUAGAAGAUGCUGUUAUUGAAAUAAAGAAUUGUAAAAACCAAAUUAAAAUAAGAGAUCGAGAGAUUGAAGUAUUAACAAAGGAAAUCAAUAAACUUGAGUUGAAGAUCAAUGAUUUCCUUGAUGAAAAUGAGGCACUUAGGGAGCAUGUGGGCCUUGAACCGAAGACAAUGAUUGAUUUAACUGAAUUUAGAAAUAGCAAAAGCUUAAAACAGCAGCAAUACAGAGCUGAAAACCAGAUUCUUUUGAAAGAGAUUGAAAGUCUAGAGGAAGAACGACUCGAUCUGAAAAAAAAAAUUCGCCAAAUGGCUCAAGAAAGAGGAAAAAGAGCUGCAACUUCAGGAUUAACUGUUGAGGACCUGAACCUAACUGAAAACUUUUCUCAAGAAAAUAGAAUAGGAGAAAGGAAAUUAGGUUUUGCAAGCCUCAAAAAUAUGAGUGAAGCUCAAUCUAAGAAUGAAUUUCUUUCAAAAGAACUAAUUGAAAAGGAAAGAGAUUUAGAAAGAGGUAGAACAAUAAUAACCAAAUUUCAGAAUAAAUUAAAAGAAUUAGCUGAAGAAAAUAAGCAGCUGGAAGAAGGUAUGAAAGAAAUAUUGCAAGCUAUAAAGGAAAUGCAGAAAGAUCCUGAUGUUAAAGGAGGAGAAACAUCUCUAAUCAUCCCUAGUCUUGAAAGACUAGUUAAUGAACUAGAAUGUAAAGAAAAUAAAUUAAAGAAUUUAGAAGAUUCUCUUGAAGACUAUAACAGAAAAUUUGCAGUAAUUCGUCAUCAGCAAAGCUUAUUAUAUAAGGAAUAUCUAAGUGAAAAGGAGACCUGGAAAAUAGAAUCUGAAACAGUGAAAGAGGAAAAGAAAAAACUAGAGGAUCAAAUCCAACAAAACGCUAUAAAAGUAAAAGAAUAUAAUAAUUUGCUCAGUGCUCUUCAGAUGGAUUCGGAUGAAAUGAAAAAAACACUUUCAGAAAAUAGUAGAAAAAUCACAGUCUUGCAAGUGAAUGAAAAAUCACUCAUAAGACAGUAUACCACUUUAGUAGAAAUGGAGCGACAGCUUAGGAAAGAAAAUGGGAAACAAAAGAAUGACUUGAUAGCAAUGGAAGCUGAAGUUGGUGAAAAAAUUGGACGUUUGCAACGAUUUAAGGAAAUGGCCACUUUCAAGAUUGCAGCUCUCCAAAAAGUUAUAGAUAAUAGUGUUUCUUUGUCUGAACUAGAAUUGGCCAAUAAACAAUACAAUGAGUUGACUGCAAAGUACAGGGACAUCUUGCAAAAAGAUAAUAUGCUGGUUCAAAGAACAAAUAAGUUGGAACACUUAGAGUGUGAAAAUGCAUCCCUAAAAGAACAAAUGGAAUCUAUAAAUAAAGAACUGGAGAUUACCAAGGAAAAACUUUACACUAUCGAACAAGCCUGGGAGCAAGAAACUAAAUUAGGAAAUGAAUCAAACAUGGAUAAGGCAAAGAAAUCAAUAACCAACAGUGAAAUUGUUUCUAUUUCCAAAAAAAUCACUAUGCUGGAGAUGAAGGAAUUAAAUGAAAGGCAGCGGGCUGAACACUCUCAAAAAAUGUAUGAACAUGUGAGGACUUCAUUAAAGCAAAUGGAAGAACGUAAUUUUGAAUUGGAAACCAAAUUUGCUGAGCUUACCAAAAUCAAUUUGGAAGCACAGAAGGUGGAACAGAUGUUAAGAGAUGAAUUAGCUGAUAGUGUGAGCAAGACAGUAAGUGAUGCUGAUAGGCAACGGAUUCUAGAAUUAGAGAAGCGUGAAAUGGAACUAAAAGUUGAAGUGUCAAAACUGAGAGAGAUUUCUGAUAUUGCCAAAAGACAAGUUGAAAUUUUGAAUGCACAGCAACAGUCCAGGGAAAAGGAAGUAGAGUCUGUCAGAAUGCAACUGUUAGACUAUCAGGCGCAGUCUGAUGAAAAGGCACUGAUUGCCAAGUUGCACCAACACAUCGUCUCCCUUCAAAUUAGUGAGGCUACUGCUCUUGGUAAGUUGGAGUCAGUUACAUCUAAACUACAGAAGACAGAGGCCUGUAAUUUGCGUUUAGAGCAGAAACUUGAUGAAAAAGAACAGGCUCUCUAUUAUGCCCGUUUGGAGGGGAGAAACAGAGCAAAACACCUGCGCCAAACAAUUCAGUCUCUACGACGACAGUUUAGUGGAGCUUUACCCUUGGCACAACAGGAAAAGUUCUCUAAAACAAUGAUUCAAUUACAAAACGACAAACUGAAGAUAAUGCAAGAGAUGAAAAAUUCUCAACAAGAGCAUAGAAAUAUGGAAAACAAAACAAUGGAAAUGGAAUUAAAGUUAAAGGGGCUGGAAGAGUUAAUAAGCACUCUAAAGGAUGCCAGGGGAGCCCAAAAGGUAAUCAGUUGGCAUAUGAAAAUAGAAGAACUUCGUCUUCAAGAGCUUAAACUAAAUCGAGAAUUAGUCAAGGAUAAAGAAGAAAUAAAAUAUUUGAAUAAUAUAAUUUCUGAAUAUGAGCACACAAUCAGCAGUCUGGAGGAGGAAAUUGUGCAGCAGAACAAGUUUCAUGAAGAAAGGCAGAUGGCCUGGGACCAAAGAGAAGUUGAGCUGGAACGUCAACUAGACAUUGUUGACCAUCAGCAAAAUGAAAUACUAAAAGCAGCACAAAAGUUUGAAGAAGCUACAGGAUCAAUGCCAGACCCUAGUUUGCCGCUUCCAAAUCAACUUGAGAUUGCUCUAAGAAAAAUUAGGGAGAAUGUUCGAAUAAUCCUAGAAACACGGGCAACUUGUAAAUCACUAGAAGAGAAACUAAAAGAAAAAGAAUCUGCUCUACGGUUAGCAGAGCAAAAUAUUCUGUCAAGAGACCAAGUAAUCAAUGAACUGAGGCUUCGAUUGCCUGCCACUGCAGAACGUGAAAAGCUGAUAGCUGAACUAGGCAGAAAAGAGAUAGAGCCAAAAUCACAGCACACACUGAAAAUUGCUCAGCAGACCAUUGCAAAUAUGCAAGCAAGGUUAAAUCAAAAGGAAGAAGUGUUAAAGAAGUAUCAACAUCUUCUGGAAAAAGCCAGAGAGGAACAAAGAGAAAUUGUUAAGAAGCAUGAGGAAGACCUUCAUAUUCUUCAUCAUAAAUUAGAACUACAGUCUGAUAGUUCACUCAAUAAAUUCAAACAAACAGCUUGGGAUUUAAUAAAACAAUCCCCUACUCCAGUUCCAACCAACAAGCAUUUUAUUCGUCUGGCUGAGAUGGAACAGACAGUAGCAGAACAAGAUGAUUCUCUUUCCUCACUUUUGGUCAAACUAAAAAAAGUAUCUCAAGAUUUGGAGAGACAAAAAGAAAUCACUGAAUUAAAAAUCAAAGAAUUUGAAAAUAUCAAAUUAAGGCUCCAAGAAAACCAUGCAGAUGAAGUGAAAAAAGUGAAAGCAGAAGUCGAGGAUUUAAGGUGUCUUCUGGCCCACUCACAAAAGGAGUCACAGAGUUUAAAAUCUGAACUUCAGGCUCAAAAAGAAGCAAAUUCAAGAGCUCCAACAACUACAAUGAGAAAUCUAGUAGAACGGCUAAAGGGCCAGUUAGCCUUGAAAGAGAAACAACAAAAAGCACUUAGUCGAGCACUUUUGGAACUCCGGGCAGAAAUGACAGCAGCAGCAGAAGAACGUAUUAUUUCUGCAACUUCUCAGAAAGAGGCAAAUCUCAAUGUUCAACAAAUUGUUGAUCGACAUACUAAAGAACUAAAGUCACAAAUUGACGAUUUAAGUGAAAAUCUUUUAAAAUUGAAAGAAGCUCUUAAAACAAGUAAAAACAGGGAAAACUCACUAACUGAUAAUUUGAAUGAUUUAACCAAUGAACUGCAAAAAAAACAAAAAGCCUAUAAUAAAAUGCUUAGAGAGAAAGAUGGAAUUGAUCAAGAGAAUGAUGAACUGAAAAGGCAAAUUAAAAGACUAACCAGUGGAUUACAGGGGAAACCUCUAAUAGAUAAUAAACAAAGUUUAAUUGAAGAACUCCAAAAGAAAAUUAAAAAGCUAGAAAGCCAAGUGGAAAGAAAGGUGGAUGAGGCAGAAAUAAAGCCUGUGAAAGAAAAGAGUGCUAAAGAAGAAUUAAUUAGGUGGGAAGAAGGUAAAAAAUGGCAAACCAAAAUAGAGGGAAUUAGAAACAAGUUGAAAGAAAAAGAGGGGGAAGUCUAUGUUCUAACAAAGCAGUUGAAUACUUUAAAGGAUCUUUUUGCCAAAGCUGACAAAGAGAAACUUACUUUGCAGAGGAAACUAAAAACAACUGGCAUUACUGUUGAUCAAGUUAUGGGAGUGCGAGCUUUGGAGUCAGAAAAAGAGUUGGAAGAAUUGAAAAAGAGAAAUCUUGACUUAGAAAAUGACAUUUCAUAUAUGAGGACCCGCCAGGCUCUCCCUCGAGAUUCUGUCAUAGAAGAUUUACGUUUACAAAAUAGAUACCUCCAAGAAAAACUUCAUGUUUUAGAAAAACAGUUUUCAAAGGAGGCAUAUUCUAGAACUUCAACUUCCGAGAUAGAGUCAGAUGAUCAUUGUCAAAGAGAACAGCAGCUUCAGAGGGAAAACUUGGAGUUGUCAUCUGAAAAUAUUGAACUAAAAUUUCAACUUGAACAAGCAAAUAAAGAUUUGCCAAGAUUAAAGAGUCAAGUAAGAGAUUUGAAAGAAAUGUGUGAAUUUCUUAAGAAAGAAAAAGCAGAAGUUGAGCGGAAACUUGGUCGUGUUAGAGGGUCUGGUAGAAGUGGAAAGACAAUCCCAGAACUAGAAAAAACCAUUGGUUUAAUGAAAAAAGUAGUUGAAAAAGUCCAAAAGGAAAAUGAACAGUUGAAAAAAGCAUCAGGAAUACUGACCAGUGAAAAAAUGGCUAAUAUUGAGCUGGAAAAUGAAAAGUUGAAGGCUGAAUUAGAAAAACUUAAAGUUCAUCUUGGACAUCAGUUGAGCAUGCACUAUGAGUCCAAGUCCAAAGGCACAGAGAAGAUUGUUGCUGAAAAUGAAAGGCUUCGUAAAGAACUUAAAAAAGAGACUGAAGCUGCAGAAAAAUUGCGGAUAGCCAAGAACAAUUUAGAGAUAUUAAAUGAGAAGAUGACAGUGCAACUAGAAGAGACUGGUAAGAGAUUACAGUUGGCAGAGAGCAGAGGCCCCCAGCUUGAAGGUGCUGACAGCAAAAGCUGGAAAUCAGUUGUCGUUACAAGAAUGUACGAAACCAAGCUGAAAGAAUUGGAGACUGAUAUUGCCAAAAAAACCCAAAGCCUUACUGAUCUUAAACAGCUUGUAAGGCAAGCAACAGAGAGGGAACAAAAAGCUAAGAAAUACACAGAAGACCUCGAGCAACAGAUUAAGAUUCUCAAACAUGUUCCUGAAGAAGCUGAGACAGAGCAAAGCCUUCAGCAGGAACUUCAAGUUCUAAGAUUAGCUAAUAGUCAGCUGGAAAAAGAAAAAGCAGAAUUAAUCCAUCAGUUAGAAGUUAACAAAGACCAAAGUGGAGCUCAAAGCACUGUAUCUGAUCCUGAUCAACUAAAGGAAAAGGUGAAAGAUUUAGAGACACAGCUCAAAACCUCAGAUUUAGAAAAGCAGCAUUUGAAGGUAAUUUUAUGAGAAACAAAAAAGCUGAAAAAAGAACUGGAAAACUUUGAUCCUUCAUUUUUUGAAGAAAUUGAAGAUCUGAAGUAUAAUUAUAAAGAAGUGAAAAAGAAUAUUCUUUUAGAAGAAAAGUUAAAAAAACUUUCUGAAUAA